AUGAUCAACCAUGACGGUAAAAUUAUUCAUGUGGAGGACGUGUGGCUGAUCACCAAAGAACACAUACAGAAAUGGGGUACCUUUAAUCUGCUCAUUGGUGGGAGCCCGAGCAAUGACCUGUCCAUUGUGAAUCCAGCAUGGAAGGGACUGUUUGAGGGGACGGGACGGCUGUUUGUUUUGUACUACUGGCUGCUGCACAUCAUGAAGCCCAAGGAGGAGGACCUGUGGCUGUUCUUCUGGCUCUUUGAGAACAUGGUGCUCAUGAAGAACCAUGUUAAGGCCAACUUCUGCCGUUUCCUAGAAUGCAACGCAGUUCUGGUGGAUGCAGUGAAAGUGAGCCCACAGAGCAUGCUACUUCUGGGGGAACAUCCUUAAGAUCAACAGGUCCAUCACAAAGUCAACCUUCAGGAUUGCAUAGAGAUUAGAAGAGUAGCUACAUUUACCAAUGUUCGGACUGUUAACACAAACCCAAACUCAGUCAAGCAGGGCUCCCUGUCUCAGAGAAAUGCUUGGAGGACAACUUGUGGAUUACGGAAUUAGAGAAGAUUUUAAAUUGACUGAAAUACUACACGAACGUAAAGAACAUGAAUCUCCAGCAGAGGCAGAAGGUGCUAGGGAAAUCCUGUGAUUCACCACCUCUUUGCCUCUUUGAAAGACUAUUUACCCUACGAACAGCUUCCCCCCUUCCCUUCCAGUCCAACAAGAAGUUUAGCAACAGCCACAGAGAUGGGGGUGGGGUCAAUGGGAGAUGCUCUGUGCUGUAG